AAAAAUCAACUCUUGAGAGCGCUAAAGCUAAAUCGGCCGGAAUUCCCCUACCUUAUCGCGGGACUUCUUCUAUCUUUGGCAUCAGGACUGAGUCAGCCUGCAUUCGCGAUUCUUUAUUCGGAAAUGUUCAGGAUAUUUUCCCAAAACUCAACACCGGAUGAACAACUGUCCCAAACCGCAUUCUACGCGGGUAUGAUGGCCGUGCUCGGACUCGCACGUUUCCUUACUCAGUUUCUAUCGGAGAUUGGCUGGUUUGAUCGCGUAGAAAACAGUCCUGGCAUCUUAACUGCCCGUCUGGCCACGGAGGUCUCGGCAUUGGAGACGGUGACGGGUACACAAUUGGGAACUUUGAUGGAGGCGUCGAGUUUAAUUGUCGCUUCCCUUGUCAUCGGUUUCACUUACAGUUGGAUCCUCUCUCUCGUCAACCUCUGCUUUGUGCCUCUUUUAAUAGUCUUUAGUGCUCUACAGAUAAACCAAAUGGUGGCCAGUCUGCAUCCUCACGAAGUGGAGGGCUCACAGGUGAUGCAGGAGGCUCUCACCGCUGAAAGGACGGUGACAAGUUUCGGUUUGGAAUCGCACUUCUACACCAUCUUCAGUCAGCGUUCUGCGCCUGACUCAGUGUAA